AAUGUCCGAUAAAAGGUGGUGCGUCGCGGAGGACGUUAGGAGGGAGAGCGAAAGCGCUUAAACGAGAGGGAGCUCGUAGAGUCUACGACGACAUAGAGACAAUCGAAGGGGGGUGUUGUAAAAACGGAAGUUCCUUUGAAUAGUUUUAGGAUCUUAAACUUUUUCGACGGGCGUAAAAUUAUCGUUGUUGUUGCUGUGUCGUCGUCGUCGUUAUCGUUAUCGUUAUUGUCGUCGUUGUCGUUGUCGUCGUCGUCGUCGUUGUCGUUGUCGUUGUCGUCGUCGUCGUCGUCGUCGUCGUCAUCGUCGUCAUCGUCGUCGUGUCUGUUUUGCUUCUAUUGCACGAUUUCGCGACGAUGGGCGGGGUCGGAGACGCGAGGUCGUGCCUCCUCCGGUCGAGUGAGAGACAUGGAGCGACCUCAGUGUAACCAGUGGCUGAGCUGCACGAGCUGUUCGGCCAUCGCCGACCAUCGUCGUCGUUGUCGCCGUCGUCUUCGUCCUCGUCUUCGUCGUCGUCGUCGUCGUCGUCGUCGUCGUCGACGUCGUCGUUAUUGUUUUUGCGAAACAAACGAAAAAAUUCAGCUAUGACGCCGAUCCGAGAGCCCAGAUUUUCUCGGUGAAAAAGAAGGUUCCUCUUGGAGGAGUCGACCAAUCAACAGCGUACCAGAUACGAACGGUCUUGGAUAGAGAGCGAGAAAAGUAAGCGAGCAGACUAGCAAGCAAGCAAGAACGAAAGAACGAACGAGAGAAAGAAAGAGAGUGGGUAGGAGUUAGCGAGGUUAUCCUCGUCGAAUUCGAGCUUUGCAAAGAGGCAAGAAGCAAGCAAUAGAAGGAAAAGACACGAAGAAGCAGGAAGGUGUAAAGGUCGUGUUCGAGGUGUCAGAGAAAGAGGAGGAGGAGGAGGAGGAGAAGAAGAAGAAAAAAGAUAAAGAGAAGAGACAGAAUGAACGGCCCUGGGAGCCAUCAGCAUCGUGGCUUGGGUAUCACGGGACGUUACAGGGCCGUGGUUGGCAGUGGAGCCUCAUCGGGGCCACACACGAGGCCUACGGCGCCUCCACACCCUCGUGGGGGAUGGCAUCCCCACAACCAGCAUUCUCAGCAUACCCAACUUGGUCAACAAUAUGCCGGAAACAAGGAAUAUCCGUAUCGACAGUGCCCGUCGCUACCGCGCUAUCAUAAUGGGGAUUGUCCAGGAGUUGGCACAUCGGCGGGUCCGGCCGGUAAGGAAGUUUCCUAUCACGCUGGCGUAGGUGGAAGCAGCGUUGGAUAUAAACCGCCUCCGCAGCACAGUCCACAGUCGAGAGGCCCACCACCUCAUUUCCCUCAGGAACCCGUCGGGCCAACGACCAAUUCUUCGCCGCUUCACAUCAGUAUUUGCGGACAAGAGAAUAUAAUGCGUGGUCCUCUUCCAAAUAUGAGUCCUGGGCUUGCAGCCAGCGAUGUGGACAUGGAAUAUCGUAGAAAUUCACAAGCCACAAACCAGUUACCACUGAGUCCUGUACAGAUUCAAGCCUCGCCCGCUUAUUAUAGGCAACCUAGUCAGGAUGAUGGUAGAAAGAGCGAAUCUCCAUCUAGAAAACGUCGUCGGAUAUCUAGAAAUGGUACGGUUUCCGGAAUUGAAGUACGAGAAACUACACCACCCGCACCAACGCCACCUUUACACACGACCCCACCAACCUGGGAAUUUUCAUCAGCCUCACAGCGUCGAUCUCCACGUAACCAUAUGUCUACUCGUGGUAGUCCUACAAUGAGAAAUCGUUAUCAACGAUACACGGAUUCCUUUGGUCUUUCCUAUCCCUUUAUUCCUGGACAUAAUCCCCAUCCCACAAUUCAUAAUUCCCAUCAUGGAAUUCAUGGUUCUCAUCACAAUAUCCAUAAUUCCCAUCAUAAUCUACAUAGUUCGCAUCACAAUAUUCACAAUGCGCAUCAAACGCAUCCUCGACAUCCAUCUGGCACAGGACAUCAUCCUGCGCAAGGCGCUAACGGACCAGUAGUAGUUGAUGUGGGUCAAGUCGGUGUCUCGGGUCUUGGUGUCGCUGUUAGCGGAGAACCAUUGUGGCAUCCACAAGCGACAAGUUAUAGAAUUCCUUGUCAACUGCAUGGGAUUUAUACACCAACUGGAGCGCAUCCAUUCGCACAUUCGUGUCAAGUAACGCAUCAUCAUAAUCAUUAUCCUGCUACUCAUGCAACUCAUCCUGGUCAUAGUUUAGUAGGAUCCAUAGUUGGUGCAGCCUCUAGAGGGUAUCCAACACCUGCAGGUGGUCCAGUUGCUGCUCUUCAUCAUGCACAUGCACCACCUCCACCCGUCCAUACUACUCAUUAUACAGCCCACCACCAACUCUCUCAGCAGAGAGAGGUAGAAUUGGAAUUAAUAGAAUCCCAUCAUCAUCACAGAGUUGGAGCUACUGCCGGUGCACCGUUACCAUUGCCACAUUCGUAUUCUCCUCCAGCUCUUACUCAAGUUACAACACCGUCUCCGAUUUUCUUAUCUGAGACGCGAAAUAGUCAGUUAGAAAUGAUUCAAACAAGAACUCGUAGAGCGGCUUCGAACGUUCAUACUCUCAGGCGACCAAGAUCGAGUAGAUGGAGAGGCACGCCUCCGUUACCACCUACAACAUAUCCAGGAUUCUUGUUACAUUUCUUAGCGAUGUUCAGCAAUCCACCUUUAUCUCCAUACAGCCAUGCAGACUUGUCCUCACCAGAUUCAGCUACGGAAAAUUACGAGGCUCUUCUAUCCUUGGCGGAAAGACUUGGAGAAGCUAAGCCACGUGGUUUAACGCGUGCCGAGGUUGAACAAUUACCUUCCUACAAAUUCAAUGCAGAAACGCAUCAAAGUGAUCAAACGAAUUGCGUUGUCUGCAUGUGCGAUUUCGAAGCUCUACAAUCGCUUCGUGUUUUGCCGUGUUCGCACGAGUUUCAUUCGAAAUGUAUUGACAAGUGGCUUAAAUCAAACAGAACGUGCCCGAUAUGUCGCGGUGACGCAGGAGAAUAUUUUGGUAACAGCGGCACAAGUAGCGACUGACGCCGAGCUGCUCAAGUGCAUUAGCGCCGAUCUUCGCCAUCGUCGCGGACGCUACUUCGCACAGAGCCUCCAGCCGUCAUGUUGUUGGUUUGUGCAAAUUUAUGUUCAUAAGCAUUUUUGCCUUUUCUCCGGUGAAAGUGAAGCGUCGAUUGUAUUUCAAACUCCUGGAAAUCCUUAGUGUCAUUCGGAAAAGGUAAAACCUCUGUUUCGAAAAAAAGGAAAGAAAGAAAAACGGAGAAAAGCGAAUGCAACAAGAGAUACAGAAAAUUAAUUCAUUACAAAAUAUUGAACUCUUGUAAUAGAAGGGUACACAUCAUUUUUGCUUGUUUUCAGGCGUUGUAAGUUAACAAGUUAAAGAGCGUAAUUUAAUGAUACGUGUUGAAACCUUAAGAAAAAAAAAAAAAAAGGUUUUGCGAGAAAGUUAUAAAACUAUACAGUUUUCAUUGGCAGAAAUAUCUGUCGUUUGUUUAUUUUAUUCGGAUUCGCUUCGAUUAUGGUUUAACGCUCGUUUGUUAGUUGUGUUGCGCUAUUUUGUAUUAAUAUAUGUUUAUGUACAUAAUAUUUGUAUACAGACAAAUCAGCACUUUCCAUUAACGUUCCAUUUUUGUAAUAGCUUAAAUUCUGAUCCUAUUCUAUAAUUGUAAAUAAUUAUAUAAACGUCCGUAUACAUGCGUGCGUGCGUAUAAAAACCAAGUCUAGGUCUUUGUUUGAAAACUUACCAAAUGUAGGAUAAAUUCUUUUGCAAUAAAAGGUAAGAGAGACAUUUUUAUUGGGCAAAGAAGAAACCGUAACUUCCUAUUGUUAAUGUUUUCUUGUCUUUGUGUAGGCCGGGUGAUUAUUUUUAUUAUAUAAGGAAUGUAUGUAUCUCCACCCAUUGCGAUAUGAGUGCUAUAUAUUAAAAAGAAAAAAAAAAGAACUGUUGAAUUGUCGCACCGAUGUCACAUAAACUAAUUUAUAAAAAAAAAAAAAAAAAAAAAAAAAAAAAAAAUUAGUGACCUCGUAUAUCUGAUUACAAAGUCAUUCCUCUCGCGGUGAUUAACAGGCAUCCCGUUGUUUUCUCUGUGUUGGUUCGAUAAAAUUUCUGUUAUACGUUUUAUGAAAAAUAUAUAUAUAAAUAUAUACAUAUAUAUGUAUGUAUGUAUAUAUAUAUAUAUGUAUAUAUAUAUGUAUAUAUAGGUAUAUAUAUGAAUAUAUGUAUGUAUAUAUAUGUAUAUAUAUAGGUAUAUAUAUAUAAGUAUAUAUAUAGGUCAGCCUAGCCUCAUAGAUGUACAGGUAGAUGUAAAGGUAUGCAUGUAAAUUAUUCCAACCGCGAGAGAUCAACCAGCAAGAUCAGAGAGAGAGAAAGAGCGAGAGAGAAAGAGCGAGAGAGAAAGAGAGAGAGAGAGAUCCUUCAACAACAGUUAUUCAAAAUUGCAAGAUAUGAAAAAGAAAUGAGAGUGAAAAGUAUAAGGAUACCGCUUCUGUUUCCUGCGCAUCUACCUCUGAUAGAAGAUGAAACGAAUUGAUUAAUAUUUUUUUAUACACACUUCUCAUAAAGUAUAAACAUACCUAUGUAAUAAGAAGAAGCAACAAAAAGAAAGGGGGAAAGAAAAUGUAGAGGAAAAAAUCGAGUUAGCUGUAAUUUUGGCAUGUUCAAUUAAAAUUGAUACUUUGAGAGAUUAUUAUAUCAUCUAUUUCAUCAUAAUGAGUUGACGAGUGUUAUAAUAAUCGAGUAUAGCACGGAAAGGAAAUGAGGGAAAUUUAUGUAUCGUAAGAACAAUGGUGCAUUUUAUAAAAAAGAAGAAAAAAGAAAAGUUUUCGAAAUGAAGAUAGAACGUUGCCAUUAAAGAAAAUACACGCUUUUAGUUUUGUAUAUGUAUGUAUGUAGGUAUGUAUAUAUGUAUAUAUAUAUACAUACAUAUAUAUAUAUAUAUAUAUAUAUAUAUAUAUAUAAAACGCUUUUUCUAUUUAUAUGUUCGGUACAAAGGUGGAUGAAGAGUUUUCAACAUUUGUAGCACGUUUAUGAUUACGUAUACAUUAUACUCCUUAAAUCUUCGAAUGUAUCGUUGAGUAACAAAAAAAUGCAGUCGAAUAGGCAUGAUUUUCAAAGGCUGUUUUUUUUGUUCGAAAUAACAAAACGUAUGUACAAUGAACUUUAUCGAAUAUGUUUCGUUACGUUACUUUGUAUUAUUGGAUCAGAGCGAAGUAAAACUGCCCGAUAAAAUCGUUUGGAAAUACAUGGUAAACGAAUCGUCAAGUGAAGGCUUUUCAAAAGUAGCAGGAGAGACAAAUUUUGAAAAUGGAAGAUCAGAGAAAUUGCAUGGAGCCGAAAAGUUUCUUCUCCGAAUUGUGUCUAUCAUUUUAAAGAUCAACACAUUUCUACAUGAACAUUCUUGAAUUUAUAAAUAUUUCUGCUACUGCUAUAACUGACUCGUUAAAUUAUUAGUUCUUGGUAUAUACCAUUUUAAUCUAUGAGCGUGCGUCUUUGAGAAAUGCAAAGAAAAAAGAAAAAAAAAAGAAAAAGAUAAUAAGAAACAAAAAAUACGAGAACUAAGAAUCUCUUAGAACUAAGAUCGUAUCAGUAAAUCUUCUUGAUCUAUCCUUCCACUUCUCAUUGCGUGCCUUUACUAUUAGUAAUCGAAAUACAUACUAUAUCGUGAAAAUUCGAAAAAAAGAAACAGAGAAAAGGUAUAAAAAGAACACAGAGAUAGGCAUGUAGUACCGUGCGAUAUCAUAAACUGCUCGCACAAAAGGACGCUUGGAAAAUUCAUAUAUAAAGAGAGAUAAAUAGAAGGAGGGGAGAGAGAGGGAGAAAGAAAGAGAGAGAGAGAAAAAAAGACGGAAAAUCAACUCGCGUAAUCACAAGCAUGUGUGUGCCUGUGUACGAGUGUGUGAGGUGUGCGUGCGUGCGUGUAUGGGUAUGUCAACCUGCGAAGUUGCAUGACAAAUAUCAACUUUAGAUUUAUUUUUUAACAAAAGGCUGACGAAAGAAGAAAAAGAAAAAAAGAAGAUUGCUAUCGUCAUUUGCAAUUCACUUCAUGCAUAUGCGUUUGGUUACUUUAACAAUCUCUUGUAAAAGGAUCUAUAUAUGUAGAUGGUGCUGUGCACUAUUAUUGGGUGCUCCUAUUUCAUAUAUUUUUUUUCUUUUUUCUUUUUAUUUUUAUUUCUUUUUUUACUUUUCUCUCUCUCUCUCUCUCUCUCUCUCUCUCUCUCUCUCUCGAUUCAUCCUCCUUUUCUCAGGUCGACACACAAAAGAUAAAGAUAACGAUUUACUCCCAUACGCGUGGUAAUACUAGCCCGUACAAGAGAAUCAUACGUAAGUAGAGUGUGUGUACUAAUUUAGAAACGCGUCAUAUAAUUACGUGUCUAACAGCUGACACGUAGCGUGUAGAUCCUAUCACAAAAAUAAAAUGCAAUAUCAAAAGGCAUAUGUGUAAGUGGCGAUCAAAAAGCAUAAAGAUAGAAAGGAAAGUAAAGAAAAAUCAUAGAGGAAGAAAUGAAAAGAAAAAAAAGAAAAGAGAGAAAGAGAGAGAGAAAGAGCAUCGUUAAUCCUUUUUAGGCGCAUAAAAACACAUAUCAUUUUCCAUAGCAACUCAUAAGAUUUGUCUUUCUCAUCCCUUCAAAAAAGUGAUACAAUUAGUAAAGAGAAAGCAGAGAAAGAGAGAGAGAAAGAGAAAGAGAGAGAGGGAGAAACCGAAGGGGAAAAAAAAGAAAUUUGCUCGUGUGUUUCAAACUUAUAUUUUAAGCGUACGUACAUACUAAUACUACAUAGAGAAACUUUCGAGACGAGGGACGAGUGCUCGACCGUAAAGAUCUACCACCGUCAAAAUUCUAAUUGAAUCUUAAUUGAAUAUUAAUGAACACUAUUAAAAAUUAGAAUUUUACAUGUAUUUAAAACUCGUAACUAAUUUUUUGUGGCUUUUUUGUUCUGGUUUUUCUUUGUGUUUUUUCUUUCUUUUUUGCUUUUUUUUUUCUUUUUUUUUUUUGAGAAGGAUUUCACAGUCAUAUCACUGUAUGUACAGAUAGUGCAAAUAAUUCUCAGGCGUACGUCAUUCCUGGAUUAUUUUUUUUCGACAAUGCGAAAAAUCUUUCAAGACUGGUGUCAUUAAAAUGAAUGAAUUUUUUCGGCUGCGACGAUUUCAUACCGUUCGACGCUUUGUCUCUCGAUAUGUUUAGAUUCUAAGGCAUAGUAUUAAUUAUUAUCAUUAUAAUGAUCCAGACCUGGUUGACUGACUCAACUUUAUGCUCGUUUCUCGCUUUAAGAAAAUAUUACUUUUUCCAUUAUCCAAGGUAAACAUUAAACCGUUCAUAUUGUUACUACUUGUGUAUAUAUUAAUUUUUACUUAAGCUCGAGUUCUAAUAUUGAAAGGAAUAAGCAAGUUAAAGAACAAAAGUGAGAAAAGGGAAUAAAUAAUAUAUUUUUUGUUAGUUUAACUAGGUCUGACGUAUAUUUAAGUACACUUUAUGAUCAGCUUAUCGAUCAUUUCUUUAAAAAAUAUUAAAUAUUAUCGAUUCCUCGAUCGUUCGUUUCAACGAGAAAUUUAAUAAUAUUCAAAUCCUGGUAAAUUUAUGAAAAAAGAAAAAAAAAAUUGCAAACGGUUUACAAAAUCUUUUUAAAUUUUCCUUUUAUUUCUCAUUCCAAUUAUAAUCCUAUACUCGAAUCGUUGAGGAUAUUCGAGGGAUCGACGAAAAGAAAUAGUACCAAAAAGAAAAGAAAAUUCUUCCGAGGUGAUACGCGAGAGAAUUGCUUUUUAAAUAAGGGGAAAAAAAACUUGGACAAGAAGUAGUUUGAUUACACGUACAUACACGCCGAAAAAUUAUUGUUUCUGUGAUUACAUAAAUAUUUAUUAGUUCAUGAUUAGAGUGACACGAUAAGAGAAUCUCUAUGCAAAUCAAAAUUCGUAUAAAAAUAUCAAUGAUCAAGAGAUGAAAAAUAUCUUUGCGAAGAAACGAAAGAAUUAAAGAAAGAAAGAAAAAGAAAAAUGAAACAGAAUGAAAGGAGAGAUCUUGACGAAAGGAGAAUUUUGAACGAGAAUCAUAUUCAGUGACCUGACGAGAUAGAGGCUUAUUUUUUCUUACUUCCCUCCGAUUAAAAAAAAAAAAAAAAAAAAAAAA